AUAUUUUAUUAGCGGAAGGGCAUAAUAAUAAAAAUAAAUAAGAGGUUCAAAUUUAAAGUUUCAUUAAAACGUUCUGAAGAACUGAAGUAAUGUGCCUUUAAGCAUGAUAUUUUUCUAAUAUAUAUAUUUUUGACGAUAUUAAGCUAUUAAAGCUUCUUUACUUCAUCUUUCUUUGAUAAGAGCAGACGAAAUUUUGGUAUUCGGCUUUUCGGUUGAGAAAAUGUCAAGGAAUUUUCGAAGAUUAAUUCUCAGAGGAUGUGGUGGUGCUAUGACUCUUUACGGUAUAUACAAAAUCGGAAGUUUUGUUCAACAAAAGCAUGUUGUCAUUGCUGAUGAAAUUACUCCUUCAAAAAUGAAACAUCGAUUACCAAGCCGAAGUGAGCAGCUGAAUGAAUUGCAGACUACUCCUGAAUAUGAUAUUUUAGUAAUUGGUGGAGGUGCUACAGGAUCGGGUGUAGCCUUGGAUUCUGUUUCACGAGGUUUAAAAACUGCUCUUGUUGAAUUAGAUGAUUUUUCUUCUGGAACAAGUAGUCGUAGUACUAAGCUGAUUCAUGGUGGUGUUCGUUAUUUGCAGAAAGCUAUUUUGCAGUUAGAUCUUGAGCAAUAUCGAAUGGUGAAAGAAGCACUUCAUGAGAGAGCCAAUCUUUUAGCAAUUGCACCACAUCUUUCAUAUCCUCUACCAAUUAUGCUGCCAAUUUAUAGGUGGUGGCAAGUACCGUAUUACUGGAUUGGUAUAAAAGCAUAUGAUUUUGUUGCUGGCAGGCAACAGGUAAAAUCUAGUUACUUUUUAUCUAGGGAGAGAGCACUGGAACUUUUUCCAAUGCUAAAAAAAGAUAAGCUGUGUGGAGCUUUAGUCUAUUAUGAUGGUCAACACAAUGAUGCUAGAAUGAAUCUGGCUAUUAUAUUAACAGCUGCUAGACUAGGAGCUAAUGUUGCUAAUCAUGUAGCGGUUACAGAUCUAAUCAAAAUUAAAGAUCCUCAAGGUGUUGAAAAAGUGAAUGGUGCUAAAGUUAAGGAUAUGCUAACUGGAAAAGAGUGGGAUAUUCGUGCCAAAUGUGUUAUUAAUGCAACUGGACCAUUCACUGAUUCUAUUCGCAGAAUGGAUGAUCAAAAGUGUCCAAUGAUAUGCCAGCCAAGUGCUGGUGUUCACAUUGUGUUACCUGAUUAUUACAGCCCUGAAAGUAUGGGAUUAUUAGAUCCUGCAACAAGUGAUGGGAGAGUUAUAUUUUUCUUGCCAUGGCAAAAAAUGACAAUUGCAGGCACAACUGAUAGGCCUUGUCAAGUGACUCAUCAUCCAAGACCAACAGAAGAUGAAAUUCAGUUCAUUCUGAAUGAAGUUAAGAAUUACUUAAGUCCUGAAAUUACAGUUCGUCGGGGUGAUGUCAUGUCAGCUUGGAGUGGAAUUCGUCCUUUAGUUUUGAAUCCUAACAAAGAUUCUACAGAGUCUCUAGCUCGAAAUCAUGUUUUGCAUGUCAGUGAUUCAAAUCUUAUAACAAUUGCAGGAGGGAAAUGGACUACUUAUCGGGUUAUGGCUAAGGAAGCUGUUGAUGCUGCAGUAAAAACCUGUAAUUUGAACCCAAAAAAUGAAUGUGCAACUGAUGGUCUUUUAUUGGAGGGUGCAAGUGGUUGGACACCUAAUAUGUAUAUCAGGCUUGUUCAAGAUUAUGGUCUUGAAAGUGAGGUAGCACAGCAUUUAGCAAAUACAUAUGGGGAUCGUGCAUUUGCUGUAGCCAAACAAGCUUCUUUGACUGGUAAAAGAUGGCCAAUAAUAGGUCGUCGUCUUCAUGAAGAGUAUCCCUAUAUUGAAGCUGAGGUACGUUAUGCUAUAUAUGAAUAUGCAUGUACAGCGGUAGAUGUCAUUGCCCGUCGCUUGCGUUUGUCAUUUCUGAAUGUGCAAGCCACUGAAGAAGCUUUACCAUCCAUAAUCUCUAUUAUGGCAGAUAUUCUUAAAUGGAACAAGAGCAAACAAAAGGAAGAAUAUGAAAAAGCUAUAGAAUUUCUGCAUACAGAAAUGGGACAAGAUGUGAAUCGCAGAUCAAGAGUAUCACCUGUCAAUUUUUCAAAAGAUGAAAUUAAAGCCUAUACAAACAAAUUUCAGACACUUGAUAAAGACAAAAAGGGAUAUAUUACUCUAAAUGACCUAAGACAAAAUUUGAAGGCACAAGGAGAGAAAGUGGAUGAUGAAACUUUGCAUGAUAUGCUUAAUGAAGUGGAUCUGAACAAGAAUGGCCAAGUUGAACUGGCAGAAUAUCUAUUGUUGAUGAGUGCCAUCAAAACUGGAGCCAUAUCUCAAAGCAGACUUGCUGCUGCUGUUGAUAUCCAGUAUGAUCGCAGUGUAUCAUCUGUUGAUCGGAGUGGAGGUGGUGUAUAAUAACUACAGCAGAAUCAAGUUCAGCAUUAGUGAAGAGAGAAGUCUUAAAGUCAGUUUGACUUUCCCCUGUCAUUUCCUGCUUAUUAAACUCAGGACUUUUUUAUUGUUUAAUGUUUAUUGUGUUACAAAAAUUUGAAAACUAUGUUUCUAUUUAUUUCAAUAUCCCCUUCAAUUUAGGUAUUUUUCCUAGUAGAAGGAAUCUUGGAAAACCGAUUCCUCCUCCUAGAAAAAAGACGUGUAAAAUUAUGUAUAUUGAAUUUCAUGAUUUGAAUCAAACAUCUGUAGAGCAGAAUCUUUCUGUAUGCAAUUAAAUAUUGAAACAUAUUUAUCAUGAAGUAUCUAAUCUGCCCUUCAAAGAAAUUUUUAUAUUCCAAGGUUUGUGAUAUUGUCCACCAUGCAUGUUUUAAAUGUUCUUUAUUUUGGAUUGUUAUCUGUUAUUUUCAGUUAUUGAUAUCUUUUAUUUAUAUUUAUUGUUGCUUAUAUUUGAUAUUGUUUUAUUUAUUAUAAUACUUAAAUUGUUUAUAUUGCCUUGCUUUUGUGUAUAAAUAUGCAUUCUUACUUAAAUUUUCUAGUCUAUUUUAUGAAAGAUUGCCAUGCUGAAAUUUUUAAUCUGAAAUUAAAUGUAGUGAGACUAACUUUUCUGGGCCCAUGGUGUUGAAAAAUUCUUAUUCUUUAACUUGGUAUAAAAUGCAGUUCUCUAAUAUUUGCAUCUCACCAUGGGGGGAAAAUGUUUCUCCAAAAUAUAUGUGCAGUAAGAUACUGUACUUUACAAUUUAAUUUUUCAGUGUGCCUAGUCAUAUGUUCAAUAAUUUUGUCUUAUGUAAAGUUAAACUAAAUAAAUUUUUUUUAAAUCUGUG